GGAGAAACUGAUAAGCUCAAGUACACACUCUACUUCUCACACAAUGUCUUCUCCAACUGACCUCCCCUCUGUACCUGCAAUCCAAACCCCACAAUCCCAAAUCAACGGCCACGAUUCCACAGAUCACCCGCAACCCCCGCACGACGCGGAAACCCAACCUCCUCCUCAAGACGACGCCGUUUCAGGGGACAAGCGCAAGCGUGACGUGGAGGAGGAAGAAGGCGGCGAUAAUAAGACGAAGCAACACCCUCUAUGGAAGACCAGCCUCUGCUCCUUCUUCCGCCGCCAGGACGCCUCCUGCGGCCACGGCGCCGGGUGCCGCUACGCCCACAGUGAGGCGGAGCUCCGGCCCCGACCCGAUAAUACUUGGGACCCGACGUCGGAGCGGGCCAAGAAGGCGUCGUGCGAGGAGGAGAAGGAAUGUGCCGCCAUUGAUGACGUCAUGAUGACGGAGGCGUUGGAGGAUGAUGACGAGGACGGUGAGGGAGACGGGUUCGGGUCGGAUCCUGCUCUUAGUAAAUGCCUGGUCCAUUUGCCCAGGAACUGGAAGUCGGAUAAGUUGAAGGAGUUCCUUAGUGAGCAGGGUAUUCAAUAUAAAUCGGCGAAGAAGAAGAAAGGCAUGGCUUUGGGGUUUAUGAGUUUCGAAAGUGCAGAACAACUCGAAACUGCUGUCAAGGCGUUGGAUGGGAUAUCAAUUGGGAACAACAAUAUAAAGGUUGCAGAUGUCCUUCCUCGAUCAUUUGAAAAGAAAACUAAAUCAGCAUUGGGUUUACCGUUGAUUGGGGAGAGUGGGGAAGACUCUAUGGUGGCAAAUGGGGUUGAGGAUGGUGAUGGGAUGAAGGGACGAAGUGCCCGUACUGUGGUGACUCCCCUUGCUCAUAUGCCUUACGCUGAUCAAUUGGAGCAAAAAAAGAGCUCUGUUACACAGAUUCUCAAAAAGCUUACCAGGAAUGCUCGCAAAGCUUGUCCUAAUGGUGUUCCACUUCCAGAAUGGAUUUUAAAGUCUAGGGAAAUAGGUGGUCUUCCCUGCAUUUUGGAGGGUAUACUAGCAUCCCCAGUUGUAAAUGGAUAUCGUAACAAGUGCGAGUUUUCGGUUGGGCAUUCUCUACAGGGAAAAGUAACUGUGGGGUUUAUGCUUGGAAACUUUAGGGAGGGUGUUACAGCAGUUGAGGAACCUUUAGACUGCCCAAAUGUUUCUGCAAUUUCUUGCAAAUUUGCUUCUAUCUUUCAGGAAUUUUUGCAACAAUCAAGUUUACCAGUUUGGAACAGAUUUAAGAAUAAUGGUUUCUGGCGUCAAUUGACGGUUCGAGAAGGGAGAUCAGGCUCGGUCUCUGAUGCUGAAAAUUGUGAGCUCAACAUGUCAGAGAUCUUGCUUAUGGUUCAGGUGUCAAUUGCGGGAUUUGACAAUUCACUGGUGACCAGUGAGUUUGAGAGGCUUGCACAAGCUUUUUCUGCAGGUGCCACGGAAAAUUCUCCAUCUUUACCUUUAACAGCUUUUGUAAUUCAGGAUCACCAAGGAAUAUCAAAUGUAGCACCAGCUGAUGCUCCAUUACACUCAUUAUGUAUUUCUAAAGCCGAGAAUGGUUCUGAAAUCCAGGCCACCAACAACAUGACAGAACCAAAAAUUCAUGACUAUAUAAGCAAUCUUCGCUUCUGUAUAUCACCAACGGCAUUUUUCCAGGUUAAUACCCUUGCUGCAGAGAAACUAUACUCACUUGCAGGGGAUUGGGCUGAGUUGGGUCCUCAUACCUUGCUAUUUGACGUAUGUUGUGGGACAGGAACAAUUGGGCUGACUUUAGCACAUCGUGUUGGUAUGGUUGUUGGCAUCGAAAUGAAUGCUUCUGCAGUUUUAGAUGCUCAGAGGAAUGCUGAAAUUAAUGGCAUAAAGAACUGUAGAUUUGUGUGUUCAAAGGCAGAGGAUGUGAUGCGGUCUUUAUUGGAAGAGUACCUUACUGUACCUGAGAAGCAAGUCACUAAUGCCAUUGAAGGUAGUGACAAAGCUAUAGUUACUGACGAAAAGAAAAUAGUUGCCACUGAUGAAGAGAUAAUAAAGGAUGAAAAACCCAACCCUGAAGAGAGUUCAAGCCAUGAGCCUGAAAAUGGUAAAACUGCAUCUGAUAGUAUAGAAAAUGGCAUGCAUGAACUUCAGCAAAGUUGCAGCUCUGAAAAGAACAAAAGUCCAGUCCGGUGUUUCAAGAAUAUUGUUGCUAUUGUUGAUCCUCCACGCAGCGGACUUCAUCCAACAGUGAUCAAAGCUCUGAGAACUCAUUCUGGAUUACGGAGGCUUGUCUACAUCUCCUGCAAUCCUGAAACCUUGGUGGCAAAUGCCAUCGAACUUUGUACACCUUCCCCUGAUAAAAUUGAAAAGAACAAGAACAACCGAGCUUGGAGAAACAUGAGCAGUGCCGGUCUGGCACGGCACAGGGCAAAGUCUAUGCCCGCUUCAGAGCCUUUUCGACCUGUAAAAGCAAUGGCAGUUGACCUGUUUCCACAUACUGUACACUGCGAAUUGGUAAUGCUGCUUGAGAGGUAGGUGAGCUAUAGUGAAUCUAGGAAUGUUGUAACAUGCUUGUAGCUGGAUUAGUCCACUGAUCUAAGUGAAGUCUGCAGAUAAUUUCAUUUGUUUACCAAAUUUAGCAUCUAUUAUUACUUCUUUUAAAAGCUAUCUACCUUUUUUGUAUUUUUCAUUUUUAAUUCU